AUGGAACUUAUACGUCGUAAAAGUCAAAUAGACAAAAUCAAUGAAAAUAAUACAACAACAUCAAUUAAAUCAUCAAAUCCAACUGAAAAAAGAAAAAAUUCCGAUGAUAUAAUGCCAACAGAAAAAAAUACUAUUUUAUUUCGUUUACAAAAAAUAUUUCUUGAUCAAAAUUCAUCAAAUACAUAUUUUUAUACAAGAAUUUUGUUCAUUCGUUUACUUGGUCUUGUCUAUACAUUUAGUUUUCUUGCUGCUUAUCAUCAAGCACCUGUUCUCAUCGGUUAUCAAGGUCUUUAUCCAGCAUAUAUUCAUAUGAAACGAAUGAAAGAACGUUAUGGUAUAUGGCAAUCGCCAUCAAUUUUUUAUUUCUUACCUUCUAUGGAAACAUCCGAUAUAUCAUUACGUACAAUAUGUGGUUCAGGAACAUUACUAGGAUUAUUUUUAUUAUUUACUGGACGAUGUAAUUCAAUUAUUUUAUUUAUACUUUGGUGUUUUCAUACAAGUCUACAUAAUAUUGGACAAUUGUUUUAUGGAUAUGGUUGGGAAACACAAAUACUUGAAACAACAUUUUUAGGAAUGUUUCUCGUUCCAUUAUAUAGUUUAUCAAAGAUCAAUAGACAGAGCCCACCAAGUAUUUUAUUUAUUUUUUUAAUGCGAUUCUUAAUUGCUCGAAUCAUGCUUGGAGCUGGUUUAAUUAAAAUACGUGGUGAUCAAUGUUGGAGAGAUUGUAAGUAA